AAACCUGGCGUCGGUGCCAAUUGCUCGCCAUGCAAACUUCAAGCGACCUCUCUCGUGCGGAGACUUGGCGUCUUCUGCUUUUGGUGGGGGCCGGAAUCGGCAUUCUGGUCAACACGUUCCAGGGCGAUGGCGCGCCUCUGAUUGCCUCAAUUGCUAUGGCUGGAAUUGCAUUUGCAAUCACAUUCAGCAUGAUUCGAUGGCUCGGGCCAGUAUUCAUAAAGGCCGGCCUGAAGGGCAAGGACAUGGCCAAACCGAGAAAGCCUGAAAUCCCUGAAACAAUGGGGGCCGUCUGCGCAGUGGUAUAUCUUAUCUCGCUUAUUGUCUUCAUCCCAUUUGCCUUUUACAAAGACAUCGUCGCGGCCACGUCUGGUGGAGGUAAUCGCGACGUGGUGAUCGAGGACCAACACAUUGAGACUGGGCGGUACCUACAUAGGUUCCCUCAUGGAAAGCUGGCAUCGUACCUGUCGGGUCUUCUGUCCUUGCAGUCCAUCGUCAUCCUUGGAAUUGGAGACGACCUGCUUGAUAUUCGUUGGAGACACAAAGUCUUGAUUCCGGCCUUUGCCUCAAUCCCAAUGCUCAUCGUGUACUUUGUCGACUUUGGCGUAACACAGGUCGUCGUGCCAGUCCCGCUGCAACGGUACCUUGGUGAUUUUAUCGACCUUGGAUGGUUGUACUACAUGUAUAUGGCUGCCGUGGCGAUCUUCUGCCCUAAUGCCAUCAACAUGCUGGCGGGUAUCAAUGGCAUUGAGGUGGCUCAGUCGCUCGUGAUUGCGGUUCUGCUGUUGUUCAACGAUGCGAUGUACCUGGCGCCUAUUACACCAUAUCCACACCCGGCCACUGACUCCCACUUGUUCUCUAUCUACUUUCUGUUGCCAUUUAUUGGUGUUUCAGCGGCCCUACUGUGCCACAACUGGUACCCCUCCAAAGUAUUCGUGGGUGAUACCUACUGUUACUUUGCGGGCAUGGUGUUUGCGGUUGUGGGCAUUUUGGGGCAUUUCAGCAAGACUCUCAUGCUUCUGUUUGUCCCGCAGAUCUUCAACUUCCUCUACUCGACGCCACAAUUGUUCCACAUAAUUCCUUGCCCGCGUCACCGGCUACCAAAAUUCAACGCUUCCACGGGCCUCCUUGAUGCCUCCGUCACAGAAUGGACCAUUCCCCCAUCGCCAUUGGUUGCCACGGCACUAAACCUUCUAAAUACACUGCGGUUAGUGCGCGUGAAAAAGAACGAGGAUGGUGAUAUUGUCGAGUCUUCAAACCUGACGAUCUUGAAUCUUUGGCUCGUCUGGUUGGGGCCGAUGAGAGAAGAUAGACUUGCCUGGCAUAUGGUCACAGUUCAGAUAUUCUGUGGAAUGUUUGGUCUGUUCGUGCGACAUCGCCUCGCCUUAUUGGUGUUCAACCAGGAUAACCUUGGCAUAGAGCUAUUCAACCCAUGGCAUAGCUAG